GAUUCAGUUCAGUUCGGUCACCUGUUCGCGAACGAUAAAACACUACCUUGAAAUGAUCAUGUAAUUCCUGGUUCGCUUAGAGAGUGUUUCCACGUUUCUACACUGGAACUGUGUGACCAUGAGAGUCUUAAUAGGAGGAGGAUCUGGCUUUGUGGGCCAAGAGCUGAUUCGCUUGCUCAGGAGCAAAGGUCAUGAGAUCACGGUGAUAUCUCGUCAACCUGGUCCAGGAAAAAUAACAUGGGGUGAGUUGGAGUCCAGUGGCCUCCCACCAUGUGAGGGCGCUGUAAACUUGGCAGGAGAGAAUCUCAUGAACCCUCUGCGAUGGUGGAACGAAAGCUAUAAAAAAGAUUUGUUCUCCAGUCGCAUUGACACAACAAAAGCUCUGGCUCAAGCCAUUGCUGCUUCUCACAGUCCUCCGCACUCGUGGGUGCUGGUGUCAGGUGUAGCUUGUUACAAACCCAGUCUGACAGCUCAGUACACCGAAGACAGUGAAUGGACACCGUUCGAUCUGCUCUCCAAACUUGUUAAGGAGUGGGAGGCGUCUGCGCUUUUGCCCGAGGAUGUGGCAAAAACCACCAGACAAGUCAUCGUCAGGCCUGGGGCAGUGCUGGGCCGUGAUGGCGGUGCCAUGAAGCAAAUGCUGCUGCCCUUCUGGCUCGGCCUCGGGGGCACGCUGGGGUCAGGAAGUCAGCCGUUUCCUUGGAUCCACGUCUCUGACCUGGCAGGAAUCAUCGCUCAAGCUCUGGAGCCCUCGACUGACUCCGCCCCUGCUUCACCACGAGUGUUUAACGGCGUCGCACCUGCACUCAACACCAACUACGAGUUCACCAAAGAGCUGGGCCGGAUUCUGGGGCGGCCCACCGUUCUGCCUGUGCCAGGCUUUGUAAUGAACGCACUGAUGGGCUCUGAGAGGGCGGUCGUCCUCACGCAGGGACAGAAGGUCGUACCAAAGAAGACUUUAGAGGCCGGAUUUCAGUACAAGUACCCAGACCUGACCUCAGCCCUGAAUGAGAUUGUGAAAACUUAACAUACUCUUCGGUAACAUCCAUUAAAUUAUUUCUGUAACUGUG